AUGGAGUACGUAUUAAGGCAUGCGGAUAUAUCCAUACGCGACACUAGGUCACAAAUAGGGUUUGCAAGCAUCAAAUACGCGAAAUCCGUCCUCAGAGCCGCGGCCGUUUUGCUAAGUCGCUCGGAAGAAAGUGGUGUAGGACCACGGGAACGUUUCAAGGGUAAGGUUGAGCAACUUACGGUCAGAAAUGUUGAAAGGGUAACAACCUUACCCCAUACCAGACUGGGAGAACUAACCACCCAAAUAACGACAUGUCGACCGGGUCAAUCCAGCUUCCGACACCUAAAUGAGAAACGUCAUACUGGCUUAACGCUUAAGGCUGAAAUGGCAAAGAGCGGGAGUAACCGUGACUGCAUUCGGCGAACCUUCGAACACCGCUCGAACGUGUUGAACGCGAUUGUGCCGGGCCGUGAGGGGGAGGAUUACUCCAUGGAUCUGGGCGAUCAAGCUUACGAAAGCAUAGUGAGCCGCUCUGAAAAGGGAGGCACUUGUUUUGAGAGCCGUGGCACGAGAGAUGGAAUCCUUCUUAAGGGUGUCGUUUGGAGACCCGAAUGCCUGGGGUGUCGACUUUGA